AUGGAACAGUCUCUAUGCGAUACCUGCGCCAGGAUAAACAUCGAAGAACUUGUCUCCAAGCAGGGUUUUGCACUACAUAAGAACUUGCUCGAUCUCUACAAGUCUGUGAGGACAUGCCAACUGUGUCGUCAUGCACUGGGCAGCUUGAAGCCUCUUUUACCGCUCAACUUGAGAAGCAUACCUUGUCGUCAUGCAAUGAGACAUCUGAGCUCGGAAAGCUCAAAAUCCUCUCUUUCCGAAUCCAAUCAGAAGCUUCUCGCUACCCAGCAGGCUCGAGCUUUUUAUGGGCAACAUGACCACACGAAACGCGGCUUGACCAUAGUGGUUUCGGACGUCGACUGUGAAACUCCCAGCGAGCACGAACGAAGCAUUCCCUGGCUUACGAUGAGAACACUUUCUGGGGAUCCUGCUCAGCGAUCAGGCGCCGAGACUGCUCGACUACUACCAGAAAGCACCUCUAGCUUGACUUCAACUGUUCAUGCUUUGGAGUGGCUCAAGGAAUGCCUUUUGAGCAAAGAUUGCUUUGAAGAUUGUACACACAUUAUCGACAAUGAUCUUCAAGGAUGUCUCACGAAGAUACAUGGAAGUAGCAAAGAAUUUGAAUCACUUUUUCUGUCAGAAGGACUCGACGUGUUGCUGCAGAAAAAAGAGGCACAACGGCUGCAAUUAUGCGAGGACAUCCAGUUCUUACACCAGCAAAGGAGCCUCUCGCGAGGCGACGCACUUGUUGAAGAAGAACGCGCUGCGAGACUUGCUGAGAUCAUCGAUACAGACAGUGGAACCAAGCUCAAAAUAGCCCCGGGCUCGGUUGGAUAUUCGUCGUAUGCCGCCUUGAGUUACAGAUGGGGAGGCCUGGAUGCUAUAUGA